CUGUGAGAACGCACGUAAUUAUUAUAACGAACAUGUAAACGGAUUACGAGUAGAAAUAAAAACGAUUUAGUGUUUUUAAAUUAAAAAAAAAAUAGAGCCGUUUUUUUAUUCUGUGACGAUUGUGAGCGAUGCUGUUUUUCGUGUUCAUAAUUUUGGCGGGAUAUUUAUCUGUCAAAUGUGACGAUGCAAGUAACUACUACGUGAUAGAAAUGCCGACAGAUGUCACCACAGUCAGAUCACAGAAACCGUUCAACGUGUACUGGAAUGUACCAACAAUGCAAUGCAAAUCAAAGAAAUUACCAUUUACUAAUCUUUAUGAGAAAUAUGGUAUCAUACAAAAUUCAAAUGAUAGCUUCCGUGGUGAAAAGGUAACGAUUCUAUAUGACCCUGGUCUUUUCCCUGCACUCCUGAAGAAUGAGAGUAGCGGGAAAUUCAAGUUCAGGAACGGAGGUGUGCCCCAAGAAGGAAAUAUAACAAGUCAUCUUGAUGCAUUCAGGUCUACUGUGGAGAAGAGUAUACCGGAUGAAAAAUUUGAUGGUAUAGGCAUAAUAGAUUUUGAGUCAUGGCGGCCUGUCUUCCGGCAGAACUUCGGCGUACUGGUGCCGUACAAAGACGUGUCUGUGCAGAUAGAGAAGAAGCUGCACUGGUGGUGGCCCAACACAUGGCUGCAGGAGGAGGCGAAAGACCGUUUCGAAGAGGCGGCACGUCAAUUCAUGCAGAAUACAGUAUCAGUGGCCAAGCAGCUGCGGCCGCGAGCUCGUUGGGGUUACUACGGCUUUCCUUACUGCUUCAAUGUAGCCACAAACAACCCCGGAGAAGCUUGCCCAAAUAACGUCAUACGAGAAAAUAACCAGAUAAAAUGGUUAUGGUCAGAGAGCACGGCACUGUACCCAUCUAUAUACAGUUCUGUGAACUUGACGAGCAAACAGCUGACGUGGCUGGUGCGGGGGAGGGUGAGUGAGGCGGCGCGGGUGAGGGGCGGGGGAGGCGCCCCCAUACUGCCUUACUUCUGGUUCCGGUACAGGGAUGCUGGCUUCAUGACUCAGCAAGACUUGGACAUUGUUCUUAAAACAUUGUAUAAAUCUGAAGCAUCAGGCUUCAUUAUCUGGGGAAGUUCAAACGAUGUUAACACCGUUAAUAAAUGUAAUAAACUACAGGAAUACGUCAAUAAAAUACUAGGACCGGCAAUCGCGAAAUAUGUUAAAUACAGCAUAAGAUUAGAUGAUGAAACUACUGUCAUUCCCGAAACUAUAACAGAGAGAGAAACAAUUCUGACAACAAAUAAUAUAAACGACACAACAGAUUUAUUAAAUCCAACAAAUAUAACUAAUCAAGAUACUAACACAAAUAAAACGAUAAAUAUGAAACUUGAAAAUGUCGAAAUUCAAAUAGAUCCAUUUAAAUUUUCACAAGACACAUACGAAAGGAAUAUUUUACAGGAAGUUGAAGAUGAAUUAAAUAAAAAAUCUGCAUAUAUCUCUGAUACAGAUGAUAUCAAAGAUAUAGAUAAAAAAGACGACCAAGGUCUUAUAGAAAUAUUUAUGAAUCUAAUAAAUUCAAAAAGUAAUAACGAUUUAAAAACAAACAAUACAAAAAAUUAUUCAGUGCCAUUUUUAGAUUAUAUUUCUAUCAUUUUAAUGACAAAUAAUACUAAUGUAAAUGCAAGUAAAGACUUAAAUAAUGAAAAUCAAGUAUCGAUUAUAAAUGAAGUCACAACAGAAAUACCAUCAACAACAUAUAAAGAUAACGAUUAUAAUGAAGUUAACACAAUAUUAAAUGAAUUAAAUAAUUUAGUUGCAAAGAAAGAAACAUUUAAUAAUGAAUUUUAUAUAAACACAGAACAAACAACACGAGAAAUUCAAACAGAAUUAAAUACAGAAGAAACACUAAGUACUCGUACUUAUAUAACUAGUGAAGUAAUCAGUACAACUGAAUCACAAAUAUAUUCUUCAACAGAAAUUAACGAAGUGAAUCUAUUCGAUACAAAAUACAUUGAAACUACAACAGAUAAUGAAAAUAUCGAAAUUAAUACUGAAACUGAAAAAUCUCUUACAACUGAAAUAACUGAAAAACUAGAUGAAUAUACAGAAAUAAUAUACUCUACAACUAUGUUACCAACUUCAAAUAACUUAGAAGUAACAGAUGUGUAUACAACGAAUUCAAAUGAAUACGAAAAUUUAUUAGAAAAAUCCACAAACGAAUCUUUAGAUUCAUACGAUGAAGUCACAGAGAUAUCAAUAUUAGAUGAUUUGGAAGAUAAAAUAUCAAAGAAUACAAAUGAAGAAUUAGAAUACAAUUAUACAGCUUACAGUCUACCUUCAAGUAUAACUGAUAAGGUGCCUCAAAGCAACGUCGCUUGCCGCCAAAAGGAUAUAAUAUACGCGUAUAUAUUUCUAUUAUAUAUCAAAGUUUUUAUAUAGAUUAUAUAAUAUACUUAGUAAAUGUUCUUAAGAACCAAGUAAACGCUAACCGUUUUUUUAUCUGUGAUAUUGUGUUAAAAAUAGAUUUGUAAAACUGUAGUAUUUACUGUAAUAUAGUACAAUAAAAGUUGUAUGUUUAAUAA